UUCCGACAAGGCCGUCGAUGGCGUGAGGUAGACAAUCUCGGCGGGCGAGCCUAUCACAAACAUAAAAUUGGACCAUGUGCCGUCGAUACCAUACCUGCCAGCAGUGUCAGCAGUGACUACCUAACGCAGAGGGGAGUCAUGACACAAACCAUUCUCCAGAAGGCUGGAUCCAGAGAGGAGCAGCCGGUGGCUUGGUGGCAGCGGCAUCGUCAGCAGCAGCAGCAGCGAGUCGUGACGCGAACAGCAGCAGCAAGAUGUCACAGAUGACAGCGGUCGAACGACAGGGCAACCGCAUUGUAGCAGCACCCUACCCUGACCCGAUCUGACGGCGCUGGGGAAGGGGUGCGCGCGCGGGCAACGACGGUCUGUCACGAGAGCAGCGGUCCUAGGACAUUUGCGACGUCUUCUUGUUGUGCCAUGGACUACAGGCCGUUGUUAGUCUUUUUUGGCAGGCCCGGGCAGGUGAGGAUUGGAAGAAGGCAGUGAGUAAUGGGUAAGGUAGGUGGGUGGAUAGAUGGAUGGAUAGGCUCAGCCGUCAGUAGACAAGGCAAGGCAAAGGCAGGUUUCACUCAGGGCCUGGGGUAGGGGGCCAACAAGGGGGGAGCAAGAAGAGAGGGAGAGUGGAGGAUAAGGGAACACACACCCGGUAUGCGGGCGCACCGUGUCUGCGUCUCUGCGUCUCUUUGCGUCUGGCGGGACGAAUGAUGAGACGGCGGGAAAUAGGGAAUGUCAGUCGGAAAACAAGAGACCAGCGAUCAGCACUGCAGUCGACCCGGCUAUGGGGGUCCAACGUGGCCCAGGCCUGUGAGUAGGUUUGAGAUAGGUGUUGACGGAGAAAGCGAGAGCGGGUGGAAUUGGCAGCACUGGAAUGCCCUGAGGUGGUGGUCCUCCCUUCCUUCCUUGGGUGACAUUCUCACCCAGUCCAUCAUUCUGAAAAGUUCCGUCAGAGCAAAACGAACCCCCCCCGCCUUUCCGAAAGACGGUACACCUAGGACAGCGAAGCGACAGGGGACUGCUAAAAGCGCUGAGAAUGCUUGGAAUCCUCUAAUCCUCUAUCAACAACGCAUGCACCCGUCCGUUUGUUCCUCCGAAGUCCCGCACCUAGCCCGGCACUUUUGCUGUGGGAAAGCCGUCAGUUAAUUGCCCAGCGAAAUGAUGUCCUCAGCCAUGUCUGAGAAUCGCGAACCCCGGCACGUGGCUGCGACCGCCGUCAGAUCUCCAGGUGGCUGAUCUAAUCUCGACGACGUCCUUUUUUCACUCCUUGACAGGGUUCGUCUGAUGUGCAUGAAAUCGUUCUUUCUGUGCCCCCGCCCUGCUCUAGAAACCUCCCCAGCCGAAGCCCCAGAUCAGCCACUCACAACCGCCAGACUCACACACCACCGGCCAGCCCGCCCAGAAUCCAUGAUCGAUAUCGUCGCCGCGCCGCUCACAGAGUGUGGGGAAACAACGGGUGGAAAAACAUGGCAGAGCUGGAAUCCCAAUCUUAGCCUCACCUCGGUGGAGCUCUCCAACGAACGCUGGAGCGAGCGCGCCGUUUUUACUGACUAGCAGGCAUCAGGGCACUUGAUAAAAUGCUCUAGCAUCGGACUUCAAUUUCUCAUCCUUUACGAAGAAGAGAGCAUCGUGAUACCAUUCUGCAAGUCUCACACGAGAAGAACUCUGUACUCUGUACAACAGCCAUUGCCACCACCACCGGCGCCGCCGCCGGGAUCGAGAUAGGGACCUCGCUUGUGAAUCUUGGGAAUCGCAAGUGCCGGACAGUAGCUCGCCUUGGUUUCGGACCCUCACGAUUGGGAAUGCCUUACUUCAACAGCGAAACAGGCAGCCAAGCUUGAGCUAAAAAAGCAACCGAUCAACUCAUGCGUUUCGAGCUAGGCCUAUCUUUUAUGGACAUGAGGCCCCGGUUCCCAAACUCACUCUCAAGGUUCCACUGGCGGUUAUCGACGACACACCUCAACCUCCCACACGGGCUACAGCGACAAGCAAUGGCUGUUAUAUUGGUCAAAUAUCGGUGGCAAUGAAGCCCUCCAUCCUCACGGACCUUAGUGCCGCUGUUUGGCUGGCAUGAGAGAGAGGAACCGAGGAUGCAUCAAACACGGCAGAGGCAAUCUAUUUCACCACUUACAGAAGGCGAGGGGUCACUCUGGCUAAAUUCGAUACCACCUAUUUUACCGAGCCACCUCGCAACCAAACCUUUCCCUUUAGGCCACCAGAGAGUCCGGACCAUCCACACCGGCCCAGCACAUGACGCUUUCUGUUGAUUGCUCUCUGCCCACCGCACUGGCCACCCAAGACGGCGGCAAAACAAUCUCGACAUUUGUUGGCGUGGUGCCGGCUCUAGAGGACGGCAAAAGCCUGCACGACCUGCCCAUCGCGGACCCCGUCAGGCCUGAAGAAGCAGGUUUGUCGAUGAAGCCGUCACCACCUCGACCUGCGGUGCGUUUUCAGUUACUGGUGCCCAAACAGGAAGGCGUUUCGUCUUUUCUGGCGUUCAGCCAUACAUGCGGCUCACCUCCGGCAGUCACUCGUCAUGAACUGCUGGUCAGAAAUGCUGUCGAGCUUCGUCAUUCCAGACACCAAGCUCUCACACAUCCAAGAAAUCUCUGAAACUCUCUCAGCUCAGCUGCUGACUUUGUUAUGCAUCGGUCGUUUUUCUACUCUCGCUUGCCCGUGCAGCUCAUUGGCUACGAGACGGUCUGCUACCCAUUGUAACGUGAGUCGCAAAGGGAAUGGGGGAACCGUUUUACGUUUUACGCGAUUCAAGACAUAUGAUUGUAUGUAGCUCACAACCAAAACAGACAGGGCGGGCACAAGCCUCAGCGGAGUUGCGGGAGUCUAGCAGACGCCACAAUUCCUCUUGCCAGAUAUCGAGAUGCAUAUCCCGAUUCCCCCUGUCGGCUGACCGGCAGCUUUUCUCGCCGUCUUCUGGCCCCGUGUGUCGAAAGGUCUGUCAAUUGCCGAGCUCAGCCAAGAAAGCCAAGGAGGCCACCGUGGACCCUAGUCAGGCUUCUCCAGAUGUCGAUCUGCUUUGCGCACGUUAUCAUCCCCACCGGCUCAGCACUACGGAGGAAGGCCCCGAAGGAGAGCAUGAACAUGAUAAGAUUGUACCCCAUUCUGAUGUUUCUGCACGGUGUUGUCAACAUCAAACGAUACCAAGUUCUAUGGGAGAGAUAAUGAUGAACGCAGAAGAAAAAGGGGCAUAUGUAGCUGCCCGGCCGCCUCUGCCUAUCGUUGCAGCUGUGGGAUCGAGGGUGGGCGGACCGAAAUGCCCCCUCUGAACCAAAAACCGCGUCUUUUGUGGUUGCAGCAGUGCCAUACAGCUGGCUAUGAGAGGGUGAAGGGGGGGGGGGGAGCACAGAGGGCGCAGGUACGGGAAUAACGCAGGUUGCCAGCACGACCAGCGCCAGAGGGUUGCGGAGGGAGUAGAGUCUGGUACUGCCUCCCCAAUGUGGUGCUCGGCAGGUCUGGGCAGGGUGGACUUCGAUUCCAUCGUUCGGUUACACUGAUUUCGGGCUGUAGCUGACAUUAAACGAGUCGCCGACCUGGGAGGUUGCCAUCCAACUGAGCCAGUAGUAUGCGCAUCAUUUAUUAACUUGCCCUUCCGGCCCAGCCCGAGCCAGCCAUCGUCCCUCUCGUUUUUCCCCGACUCAACCACGAACCUGUUGCUGCAUGAUAGAUAGCCACCACGCGGAGAGCCUUCCGUUCGGGGGGUGAGAGGGAGGGCUGUUUUGGGAAACUGUGAUGGGACGUGGUCGUCGAUGGCGACGUUAUGAGAUGUUGGACCAGAGGACAGAAACAGACAAGGCUCGGAACAUUUUCUUUUGUUUUCAAGAGCCAAGCAUUUUUACCUUAUCGAACGUCUUUUCACUUGAAUCAAAACGGUCAGCGCUGGGCCCAAGUCGGUCCAGCCUCUUCUCCUCCCGCGCUCCCGUGUCAACCGGUAGCUGGCAGGUCUGGGGCCAAGAAACUGACCAAUCGUGGAUCUUGACCCGAUUCACUCAAGUCCCGUCCCCUCGGAGUGGGCUGGCAUGGCUGGCCGAGCAGGGGGGAGAAAAUACCCUUGUCCCUCCAUCGGGUGCUUCGUUGCCCCUUGCUUGUCCAUCGGCCCUUGGCAAGCCUUUUCACCCCCGGAUCUCUCUCUCUCUCUUUCUCUUCCUACUUGCCCAGCCUUGACCCUCUUGCUCGUCGUGGCUGGCCCGGCAGCUUUCCAAAUGAUCGUCCCACAGUGUUGUUAUUAGGCUCAAACCUAGCGUUGUGGAAAACGGAGCGUGUGUGAGGAGGAAAAGACCUUUCAAUCAAUCUUGGAUCUUGUGGCAUGCCGGGGAAGCGAUUUACACAGCAAUCAUUUUGAUGCGCGGUGGACAGACGCCGGGUGGUUGUGUUGUCUCAGGGCUUGGAUAAUACCCGUCCGACUCCCGAAUCCCUUGCAGGACGUUGUGUUAUGUGUUCGACAUCCACCCCAGUUCCCGUGGCCUUUUUCCAACAUAUCUCGAACAGUGCUGCUUUCUAUUCCCCCCCUUCGAGGCGCCAUGGUUUCAGUGUCCUGAUGUCAGUAUACCGAUACCGCGGCUGAGGUGCAUGGAUGAGGUGGACAGGGCCCUACAUCAUCAUCACUCAACGAUAGAUUGGUCCUCGUGGCAAACUGUGAAGCUUUUUUUCCCUCAGCAUACGAUCCCCCACGAUAUAGCAGCAUGGUUGGGAGUAGGCGGUUGCUGCUUUCGAUCGCGGCGCUCUCUGGCGCUGGCCUCAACAAUGGAGUUGAAGCUCGGUUCAGGAGGCAAGAUGGAGCAGGUGUCGAUGUCGUCCAGAACGCCACAACACCAAUAUCAGAACCAACAACACCAGUCAUCACAUCAACUCCUGAUCCACCACCAACACCAAUAGACUUGCCUGGCACACCUACUACCUUCACAACUACCAAGAAAGUGCCGCCAAUAGGGCCGCCUCGACCUGGGGUAUCAGCUGCGGGCAUUAUCGAGCUUGAUGAGACCAUCGGGGUGGACGAUGAGGAGGAAGUUACUGUACUUGGCGGGGGUCUUUUGAGGCUGACUGCCGCAUCGAACGCGCAGCCUACGCCAGCAGAGGAGGAGUAUGUGUAUCCGGGGGAAUAUGGCUCAGGUGGGACGCUGACGACCGACACCAACGCCUUCACACGGACUGUGCUCCCGACCAGGGUAUCAGUUGUGCCGAAUUUGGGGACCGUCAGAGGUCCGCCGCCAGUCGAAACGACAACAUUGAUUAUAUCUCCUCCGAUCAGGACGCCGCCAACAAGGCCCCCUGCCAUCCCAGCCCCGGUCGCGGCCCCGCAAGAUGGGGUUCAGAAUAUUGAUCUGGGCGAUCCCAUGCAAGAGACGCCAGCACCAGAAGAGCAGGAGCCAGAGCCGGAACCGGAACCGGCGCCCGCACCAGCACCCGUGAUACCAGGUAUUCCGGGAGGUGGCCGUCCUGCCGGUCCUCCAGUAAGGACGUCAAAAAGUGUAGUAACCGCAAUCGUCACGGAAAUCGACCUGGGGCAUGGUAAUCCCGCUACCACAUCUACAUCGACGUGGAACGGGUACUCCAACUCGACCUUUGUGACGUCGGUGCUGUACCCCAACCAAACUACACCACAUAUCUCUACGCCCACAGCCACUCUUAGCUUUUGCCAACCUUCAGACUUGACUAUUCCCCCUACGGUAUGGUCGAUUGUUUACACAAGCACGCUGACUUGGUUUGGCAACCCUGAGGAUUACACGCCUGAGUAUCCCCCCAUCUCGACCCCGCCCGUUUCAUCGUGUGUCCCAUCACCACCCAGGUUGACCGUCUCGCGAUGCUCGUCUACAAGCACCGGAGAAGAGAACACACCUUGUUUUGUGACGGUCACAGCGUCCACGUCUUAUCCCUGGGGCUAUGGACCACAGACAAGCACUGUGCCCAACACUGUCACUUUUGUCACGACGGACAAGAACCCGGCUGUGAUUUACACCUCCAUGAAGCCACCUAAUUAUGGUGUUACCCAACCGCCACGGACUCAAGCUCAUCAUGAGUCCCUCACGGAAGAUGGCGCUGCUUCUCCCAUCUCGACGCCGUCGUACGGCUCUGAGCCCAAUAAUCCUGGCCCUAACAACCCGAGCAAUCCGAACAACCCAAGCAAUCCUAACAACAGCCCGAGCAGCCCAAACAACCCCAGCAAUCCCUCCAACCCAAACAACCCAAACAACCCAAACAACCCAAACAACCCAAACAGACCCCAACCCAUCGAAGAGUCCCGCUCAGCAACCAUAACCCGCUCCCCGGUAACAGUAAUAAUCCAACCAACCGCCAUCGUCAUAAACGACAACACAAUCAAAGACAACACGACGAAAAAAACCCAAGUCGUCAUCGUCUCGGGCGAGACCUUUACGAUCGACCCAACAAGGGUGGUAGGCGCAGACACAACCAUCGACCGCGUCACGGCCACAGGAGGAGGGGUGUACUACCCCCCCACGCCCACCACGACCUCCUUACGUGGCGUAGAAGUAAUCCUGACCUCGUCCCGGGUGAUAAUCGGCGGAUCAACUUACACCUUCUCCCCCACCUCCACCAUCGCCGUAGUCAACGACGAGACAUUCACCAUCGGCCCCACGGCGAUCGCUGCCGGGUCGCAAACCCUCAACCUCCCUGCUGCUCCUGUUCCGACAGAGGUCGUGGUGGUGGGAGGGGAGCUGAUCACUGCCAUUGGCCCCACCUUGGCCGUCAUUUCUGGGAGUACGAUAACUUAUGGUAGCACCGUCUCGACGACGACUAUAGGGGGUGAUGUCAUUACUUUUGGUCCUGGGGGUGUGACGGCACAUGGGACGAUCACGCUUGGGGGGAGUGCCGCAAGGCCGGGGGAGACGCAGUAUGUCGUUGCUGGGGGCGCGACUAUCACCAAGAUUGGGGCGAGCGUGGUGGUGGUGAAGCAGACUACGUAUACUAUCGGGCCGGCGGCGGCGGGGGGGAUGGGGGAUAGGACGGUUACCACUACUGUUGGAGGGGAGGUGAUCACCAUUGGGCCGGAGGGGGUUGUGGUCGGGACGACGACGAUGGGGUUUCCUUUUGGGCCUACGGUUGUUAUCACGCCCGGGGGGAGGGGAGGGGGGGUUGCUGCUGCUACGGGGGUUGUGGAGGGGGAGGAUGAGGAGGAUGGAGGGGUGGCGGUUGCGAUCAGCCGGGGGAUGUUGUUGGGGGUGGUGGUGGGGUGGUUGGCGUGGAUGGUUUGA